GUAUAUAAAUAUAUGCUUCGACAAUUGAAUAAUUUAUCUCGGUUUACUACCUCUUCAAUUAAAUAUGCAGCAAAUAAUACAGCAGCCUUAGUUGGCCUCAGUGCCUCAUCAAGAGACGAUCCUACAUUACCUUCACCUCAACUCAUUGCAUAUUGGAUCACUGAAACCCAAAAGGGUUUGGAUGCCUUUUUCAAUGAUGAAUUUGAAGUGGCUCAAAUAAUCUUUAUGCAACAUCAUGAGGAAUCACCCUUUCAUGCGGUUGGAUUCGCUCUGGUUGCGUACGUGGAAGCCAUGCUCGGUUUCGAGACCGAAAAGAUCUUGACUGCACUUGAACGUAUAGGGUCUGCAGAAAUUUUAGCACGACAAUUCGCAAAGAAGGCUAAACGAAAGAAUUGGCACAACCGAAAAGAAGACGACUAUCUCGACGAAAAGCAGCCCAACAAAAAAACAAGAUCACCCGAGAUCCAAUAUGAAUUAUUAGCGACCAAUUGUAUGAUCAUGUCUUCAACAAUCCAGUUCCUAAGGAAUAGUUGGCUAGAAUACAUGAAGGCUGCUUAUAAACUAAGAAAAGCCUAUAAAUUAUACGAGCAAAUGUUUGAAUCCUUAACAGGUCAAAAGGCUUCAGAUUAUGCUUCUAUUCUAAGAUCUUCAGGGCAGACUCCUUUGGAUCAAGCCAACAACGAUUUAUCUUUAUCUGUUUUAAUCGCUCAUUCACCACAUGUAAAAGGCUCUUGGAAUGACAAAAGGAUAAGCCUAUUCAAUAUACCACCAAACCCUAACAACGGCAGAGAAAAACUAAAGCCAAGACCAAUGUCCACCCUUGAUAUAACAUGCACCGUUGAAAAUAUGCCUUCUUCCUGUGAUUCAUUUCACGUAAUAGAUAAUGCCAUUGAAAGUGGCAUAUUUUUCGGUAUAGGUCUCUUUAGUCUCAUAUUCUCUCUACUACCACCACGAGUGAACAAGAUAUUAAAUACCCUGGGAUUCCAUUCUUCCCGACCAUUUGCACUUCAUUUAUUACAACAAUCAUUUAAAAACCAAGGCCUAUAUUCCUCACUUUCGGCAUUGACAUUAUUAGCUUAUUAUACCAAUUUAUCAUUAUUUAUUCACCCACAACUACUACCUAGUUCGCUCAGUCUAGAAAAUGCUCGACACAUUCUGGAUCAAAUGAAGAGCUUAUUUCCUCACGGGAAAAUAUGGAAAUUACUGGAAGGAAAAUUAUGUAAAAUGGAAGGCAAGACACGGCGGGGUGUGGAGAUAUUGCGAGAUGCCAGGCGUAGAGACAACACACAAAGACAACAGAAAAAGAAGGACGGUAAACCAGUUGUAUGUGAAUUGGUUCAACUACAAGCAUUAGCAGUCUAUGAAAUGGGAUGGGGUCAGAUUUUCUUAGGCGAUUAUUUUCAAGCGGCGGAAACAUUUUUUAGACUUGAAAGUAUGAAUAAUUGGUCAAGAGCAUUCUAUCAUUACAUCGCCACUUGUUGUAUGUUUGCGGAUGAGGAAUAUGAUAAAUCGGCCAUGGAAUUCAUGCAAAUCCCUACUAUACUUAAAAGAAAAAGACAUUUAGGAGGUCGACUACUUCCCAACGAAAUAUUUGCCGAGCGGAAAAUCAAGCACUGGAAAUCGAAACGGCAACAGUUCUGCAGUAUGGAAGGCGGGUUGGAUGGUCCUACACUAAAAAGAGUGGUAGUCGUACACCCCCUAUGGGAACUCAUUUACCUUUGGAACGGAUUCUCUCAACUUACUCAGAACACACUCUUCUUUAUGAAGCAAUCCAUCGAAACAACUUUGGCGACACUUUCAAAAGAAGAGAUUGGGUCGGAUAUGUCACAAUUGUACCUUUUAUUAGGCGUCAGUGUGAGAGAAUUAGGUGAUUAUGAUUUGGCCGACAUGUAUUUACGUCAAUCGAUUCGGUCAGAGGACUCCAAUAGUGAGGACCGUUGGGUUAUACCCCAUGGACUUUAUGAGAUGGCCGCCCUCUGUUGCUUUCAACUAAUACAGACGCAAGACCUGACAAAUCGAAAAAAGCUAUACAAGGAAGCGCAAGACUGGAUACAAAAAUCCGAAAAGCAUUUAGCGCAUCGGCACAAUAGUACGCCCAAUCAACAACAAGAAUCCGUUACCUCUGACAAUACAGGUGAUUCUGACUGGGAUAGUCGAUUGCAUGUGCGGUGUCAGCUCUUGAUUGAAAAACUAGAAGAUUUUCAGUAAUAAAAAAUAAAACCUGUG